CCUCUCUGUUCUUUAAUAAACCAAGGAGCUUUAAAAAAACCAAUGCAAAAUGGAGAUUUAAAUACUUGUAAUUUGACGUACUUACAUCUGGAAAGAAAUCGGUAACGUCACCGGUGACCAGAGCAAUGUAUCACGAGACAAGAUCAGUGUAUUCGGACAUCCAUCUACCAGAUAAAAACAACCUUAAUACACCACGGCCCAUCACCGACCUAGGUGUAAGAACUGCCUUGAAGAAAGAUAAAGAUCUUCUAAACAAGAACGUUACUCCGGAGGAUGAGAAGAUUUUGUCAUUGAUAACGAAGAAUGGAGAAUGGGAGAAGAAGUAUUGGAAACAGAGGUUGAAGAAUUCUCUUGCUUGGGACACGGAGAAGGAAAAGCAUGAUCAUCUAAAAUUAGAGAAAGAUAAGAGUCACAGAAUGAAGGUAGAAAUAUUGAGAGAAGAAGAUAGACAAAUGGUUUUCAUGAAAAAGUUACAAAGGCAAAAGAAGAGAUUGAAAAGGAAAACAGAGUUAAUAGUUGAACUUGAGAAAGCUGGCAAAGCGACGGAGAAGGCGUUGAAAACACAAAGAAAGCUAAAGGCGAAGAAAAUUAAGGAAAUGGCAGAAAAAGAGCAUGAACUUAAAGAAAAUCAGGAAAAGAACUGGUGGGAUUUGACAUCUAAAGAAUACGAGAGAAAAAUGCAGGAGAAAAUUGACCAUGACAACAAACGACUACAUGCAAAUGAAAAACGAGACGAAAUGAUAAAAGAAGAAAAAGAGAAAAUUGCUCAUGAAAAUGAAGAGGAAAGGAUGUACUUUACUGAAAGAUUUGUUGUUUAUGAAAAGAAAGCCAAAGAACACGAGAAAGCUUUAACGGCUAAAAUUGAAAGACGAAUUAAAACAGUUGAAAAAAAUCAUAACAAGAAGCUGAAGGAACGAUACAAAGAAAUACAAGACGAUGCCAAGAAAGAGGAAGAACGACUACACCACGCAUUAAAGGAACAAAAGAAGCUAGAAAAACAACAACAUAAACGAAUGAUAAAGAUGUUUCAGAAGACACAAGAGAGUAUUGACAAAGCGAACGCCAACCUCUCUAAAGCGUUUGAUACAAUCACCAGUCAUAUCAAAACAGAACGUGAGGAGAAAGAAAAAGAGCAACAUAAAAACAUGAAAAGACUUAAAAAGGAGACAGCCAAGUGGAAUAAGAAGCUUGCGAAAGAAAUCAAAAAAGAAGAAGAAAUAAUGCAAGAGAAACAAGAAGAACGUUCAAGAAUAAUGGAUCAAACAAGAGAUGUAGCUCACGGAUCACGUGUACUUCGAAACAAGCUGCGUGAUACAUACGGCGCGGAAAACUUCGACAAAAAAGUAUUCCGGGUGGAAAGGUUCCACAGUUUAGGUACGCGACCUUCCACCCAGGAUUGGAACACUUCUUCAAUCAGUCUAUUGUGAAAAAAGACAUUGUUACAUUCUAUCAUUUUAAAAACGUUCUGGCGAUUGCAAUUCAUUCUACAUGCUCUAUGUGAUAAUUUUCACAGCUCAGUUUUUUAAUCACUUAUCCACUUGUCCAAUAUUUUAAAUCACUUAUCCACUUUUUUUAAUCGCUCAUCCAUUUAUUUUCAAAUCUUUUCUUCAGUGCUUAUAAUUGCAAUUUAUGUUUUGAUUAUACAUGUAGCUCAAGUAAGUUAUUGACCUUUUUGGUUUUACGUCUCACCAACACAGUAUAGGUCAUAUGGCGAGUUUUCAGCUUUACUGGUGGAGGACGUCUUCAGGUGCCAGAGGUACCUUUCCGUUGACGAACGGGCACCUGAGUCAAAAAGCACCGAUGUUUCAAAAGCUUGCUGGAAAGCUUUUUCAUAUAAAAGAAUACAAUGUCUAUUCCGGUUUUCGAGCCAACAGCAUGGAGGUGCAAGUGAUUUGAAAUCAACGACAAGGCCAUGGGUGCUCCUAUAAUUUUUUACGCAAUUGUUAAGUGUGUUGAUAUACUGUGUAUACUGUGUAUAUAACUUUGUUUUGGUUAUAAUUAUACAUAUAAGCAAUAUUAUGUUUGAAUUAUACAUGUUGUUACGAUA